CGCACCGCAUCCAGUAUGACUUUUUAGGUAGGAAGUGUAUUAUUCUGCAUGUGUGUUUGUGGAAGGUCUUAUAGUCCUAUUACAGUUUUAUGCAUAGCGACUUCAGAAAACGUUAUAAAGACGAGGAUAACAGGAAGUCUUCAGAAGUUUUAAACAGAUGACGAAGAUUGAGGGGAGCUUCUGUGCAAUCCUACGCUAUGCUGUCCUUACACACCGUGUCCAUCUGGAGCUGCUCUUCAAGUUGGUCUCACUGUAGGAGCAGCAGAAGAGCCUUGAAAUGGCUGCUGGGAAAUGUAGAGCAGAGAACAUUUGCAUCAUCCACCCUCAAAAUCUCUUCAGCUUUAGGGAGAGUUGCUCCUGUUUUCUCUAGAGCUUCUGCUUAUGGAGACAGUGUGGCCAUUACGGAUCACAGCGGGAGCCACACCUACCGCUCCCUCUACAAAAACAGCAAAAGCCUGGCGGGACUCAUUACUAAGGCACUCACCUGUCAAUCAGGAGACCUGCAGGGCAAGCGUAUCUCAUUCCUGUGUGCCAAUGACGCAUCCUACACUGUGGCGCAGUGGGCGGCCUGGAUGUGUGGUGGCAUAGCUGUGCCCCUCUACAGGAAGCAUCCUCCAAGUGAGCUGGAAUAUGUCAUCUCAGACUCCCAGAGCUCGCUGCUGGUAGCCGGACAACCUUUCAUGGAUACCCUUGAGCCCUUGGCCCAGAAACUAGGGCUGCCCUUCCUACAGCUUCCCACCACGUCUAGCCUAGAUACUCUGCAGUCUGAGGACACACAGACGCUGCCUGAGGAGAACAUCUCAGACUGGGCCGAGAGGCCAGCCAUGCUCAUCUACACCAGCGGCACCACGGGCAGACCAAAAGGAGUGCUUCACACCCACAGCAGCCUGCAGGCCAUGGUUCAAGGUUUGGUCUCAGAGUGGGAAUGGAAUAAAGAUGAUGUCAUCCUCCACACGCUGCCCCUUCACCAUGUACAUGGCAUUGUAAACAAGCUGAUGUGCCCACUCUGGGUGGGUGCUACCUGCAUCAUGCUGCCAGAGUUCAGUGCUCAGAAGGUUUGGGAGGAGUUGAUUGGUUCGAAGUCCCCCAUGGUAAAUGUAUUUAUGGCAGUUCCCACCAUCUACUCUAAACUCAUUGAAUAUUACGACCAACACUUCACUCAACCCCGAGUCCAAGACUUCAUCAGGGCUGUGUGCAAAGAGAGAAUACGGUUGAUGGUGUCUGGUUCUGCUGCUCUUCCACAGCCUAUCCUGGAGCGUUGGGCAGAGAUCACAGGUCAUGUGCUGCUGGAGCGCUAUGGCAUGACUGAGAUUGGCAUGGCACUGUCAAAUCCACUUAAGGGACCACGUGUACCUGGUGCUGUUGGAGUGCCUCUGCCAGGAGUGGAAGUGCGUAUCAUGAUGACAAACUCCACCAACACUAUCAUCGCUGAGGGCAACAACAAAGGAACCCGGGUGAAGGCAGGUUUGGAGGGAAAGGAGGGUGAACUGUUGGUUCGAGGUUCUUCUGUCUUUCAGAAGUACUGGAACAAACCUAAGGAGACCGCAGACACCUUCACUGAGGAUGGAUGGUUCAAAACCGGUGAUACUGUGGUCUACAGAGAUGGUGUGUACUGGAUCAUGGGCCGCACAUCAGUGGACAUCAUAAAAAGUGGAGGGUACAAGAUCAGUGCGCUAGACGUGGAGAGACAUCUGCUAGCCCACCCAGAUAUCACAGAUGUGGCUGUGAUUGGUGCGCCAGACCCCACCUGGGGUCAGAAGGUCACUGCAGUUGUGCAGCUGAAGAAGGGGAAGACUUUGAAUCUGUCACAGCUAAAAACCUGGGCCAGGGAGCACAUGGCUCCAUACACCAUUCCCACAGGGCUGGUACUGGUGGAAGACAUGCCCAGAAACCAGAUGGGCAAGGUGAAUAAGAAGGACCUUCUACGCCAGUUUUUCCCUACUCCCUCUGAAUGAACCACGAACUGAAGAACUGUGUCCAGAUGUGUCCAGAUCUAAUCUUUGAAAGAAAAGAGAUUGUUAAGUAUCCUCACUGAACAGUAGAGGGCAGUGGGAGUGAUUAUACAUAUCCAGAAUGCAAAGCACUGUAUUGUUUUUAAUAUACUUGAUUUUUUUUGUGGUGCUUUAUUUAGCAGGUAAUAAAAGGAAAUUCAAAAAUGUGUUUUAAAUGGAAUCUACAUUCAAAAUAAGACAGUGAUCGAAUAAUCCGACUUGAGUAAAUGGAAGAAAAUUUGACGAUGUACACAUUUUGAAACAGGUUAAGACAGUAACAUGUCUAUUUAAAAUAAAGAAAUUAAAUAUUUUUUGUAAUG